AUGGUGCGCGUCGUCAACCACGCCGCGACGAUGCUCGACCAGGCGCUGCGCGGCUGCGCGGACGCGCAGCACGCGUCUGCGGCGCUGACGAAGCACGUCCGCGGCGCGAAGAACGCGAUCAACACCCCGGCGUUCUCCGCGGGCGCGUCCUCGUCUUCUGUGAUGCUUCGCGCGAAAGCCACGACACGACCGAUCAUCGAGGCGAAGCAGCGCGCGAAGGACCUCGCGGGACUCGCGCGCGCGGUCGAGACCGCGGUCGCCGCGGCCGUCGCGGAGUCCGUCGUCGCGGCGGAGAGAGCGCGAGGCGGCCCGCCCGCGGCGAAGAUGGCCUCCGCGCUCGUGCGCAUCGCCUCCCCGGCGUCCUCCCCGUCCAAGACGGCCAGAAAAACCAAAGCGAUCCGCGGCCGCGACGACGACGACGACGACGGCGCCCUAACGCUGCCGAUGACGGCGUUAUACGACGAGAACGAUCCGUACGCGUCGCCGCCGGUGAAGAGCGUGGGUCGCGCGCCGGGGAAGCCGAUGACCGAGGCGAAGGUGCAGACGUUGACCGUCUACCUCGUCCGGCCGCGCGCGGCGGCGGCGGAGGCGGCGGGAAAGGACGCCGCAACGGACCCGGAGACGCCCGCGGCGUUCGCGCGGCCGCUGUCGUCGCGCCGACCGAAACCGACGCCGUUCACGUUCAAGCGCGUCGCGAACGAUCCGGACGGCGCCGCCGCGCUCGGGGAGCUGUUCCCUCGCAUCGCGGACGCGCUUCGAAUGGCGACGCCCGUGUCGGGCGUGUACGGGUACGGCGACGAAAAGAAGAAACGGUCGGUGUGCGACUUCACGCACGGGGAGACGGUGGUCGCGAGGACCGCGGGGGAUAAGUCGUACGCGACGACGACGACGACGACGACUGCGGCGAAGAAGGCGGGUCCUCCUGUGUUUAAAACGCCCGGGUUUGGGGCGUUACAAAGGCCAACCUCGGCGCGACGAACGGCGAUCGACGCGCUCGCGGCGCCGUCGCCGCGGAAAUCGCGCGCGGUGAUCACCCUCCAGCCGACCUCGCGCGGCGGCGACCCCGGCGGCGGCGAGAAGAAAUCGAUGAAGCGAUGGCCCGUGCUCACGUGCGUCAUCCCGUCCUGCUGCGAGUCCCUCGCGGACGCGUACGAACGCGUCAGCGACGUGAUUCUCCUCUCAGGCCGAGCGUCGACGCGCGUCCAAAAACUCUACGACGCCGCCGGGAAACCGAUCGAGAGCCUGGAACAACUCGCGGACGGCGAGCUGAUCCUGUACCGGUGCGCCGCGCAGGUCGACCCCGGGUCGACGCGCGCGAGAGACCACGAGCCGAGGCUGCGGACGCGCGAGCGCGAGCGACGGCGCGCGGCGUCGUUGGCGGAGCCGAGAGCCGGCGCGGGCGGCGGCGGCGCCGCCGCCGCCGGCGCGGGAUUCUUCGAGGUGACCGUCGACCGCGUCGCCUCCGCGGGCGGCGGCGCCGGCGCCGCGGCGUCGUCCGCGUCGUCGACGGCGCCCAUCGCGCUGCGCGUCCCGGACGCCGUCCACGGCUGGAGCCUCCGCACGCUCAAGAAGAAGAUGGCGCGCGCGGCGAAGCUCGCGAGCGACGAAGAGAUCGUCGCGAUUUGGAUCGAGGACGUCGGCGGCCAAGAGCUCGAGUUCGCGUCGCAACUGGUGCGGGACCAGCGGUUGGUGUACGCGUGCGAGGGCGACGCGUUACCGCCGGGGAUCGAGAUCAAGAGCGCGGCGACGGCGAGGGAGAAGAACGGCGGCGGCGGCGGCGGCGGCGCGGAGAUCGCCGAGAAGCGCAUCGAGCGCACGAAACCGUCCGCAGCCUCGCGGCCGUCUUCGAGCCGACGACUCGGGUACGAGCCGCCGCCGCCGCUCCCGGAGGACCUCCGCGAGCUCGGGUGGACGGACCGCGUGCCGUAUCAGCCGAGACCGCGCCGCCCGCUGAGCGCGCCCCCGGCGUCGUACAAGAAGAAGCGGGCUGAGGCGGCGCGGCGCGCGGCGGCGGGUGUCGCGGCGUCGACGGCUGGAACCGGCGACAGCGGCGACGGCGGCGGCGACGGAGGGGCGUGGGCCGGCGUCACGGACGGCGCGCGCGAGGACGCCGACGACGAAGCGGAGGCGCUCGCCGCGAGCGUCGCCGCGAGCGUGCGAGCGGACGCGGCGGCGGCGGACGCGGCGGCGGCGGCGGACGCGUAUUUAAACCUCGACGACGGGCGAUGA